AUGCGAGGCGGUACACUGACUGGAAGGGCUAUCAGGUAUGUGAGCAGGUACGGCUUUGCAAGAUCGGAUGGAGCUCGUCCGGGAGUAGCAAAAGUGCUUAUUGUCGUCACAGAUGGCAUUUCGUAUGACGGAGUGGCAACACCAGCAUAUAAAGCAAGACAGAAGGGAAUCCUUGUCUACGCUAUUGGUGUGUCAGGCUACGACCUGACGCAGCUCGAGCAGAUCGCCAGCAAUAACAGGACCUUGGCUGUGGUGGACAACUUCAACCUGCUAGAUAGUCUGAGGAACACACUUUUGACUGGAGUUUGUGAUGCCGUGCCGCCAGUCUUUGUGUGUGUAACAUUGACUACCCAGUUCUCCAUACAACUGAGAAACCCUGACUCGAGCGAAUUCUCCAGCAUCACCAGUGCUCUCAUUGCAGAGGUAUCCCAACUAUUUACCUCCAUCGUGGGAUUCCAAGGAGCAACUGUGGUUGGUUACCAACCUGCCCCUGACAAUCAAGUAAAAGUAUCAAUUGCUGUCUUUGUUGCUGAGUUUGCUGCUACUACCAUGAAGCAAACAUUUGUUGUUGCUGUAAGCACUGGCAACUUGGGAUCUAUAUCGGUGAAUGCAAGCUCCGCCGUCAUUGUUCAACAAGAAACGAAUUCAACCAUAGUAAGUCUGGUAGUUCAAAGGAAUUGCAGUGCAGAUCUACUCAACCCGGAGUCAGCGAUGUACAUUGCCCUGGUCGCUCAAAUUGAAUCUGCGGUGCUGUCUAUUCUUCAAAACAUCCCAGGGGUCGUCUCCAUUGAAGUGAGCGGCAUCAGUUGCUCUGGGCUUUACAUCAGAGUAACCAUUACUGUAGUGGUGGUGUCCACGUCCUCUAGUUCACUAGUGACGACAGUCUCUACAGCGGUAUCAUCAGGGAAUGUGGGAGGCCUGACUGUCGAUCCGACUUCAUUCAUUUCAGGAGACGAAGCUUUAGUGUGUCGAACACCUCUGGACAUCAUUUUGCUGUUGGAUGGAUCAGGAAGCGUAGGGGCCUACAACUUUGAGAAAGUGAAACAGUUUUCUCAAAAGCUCGUCGAGACCUUUGACAUCGGUCCAUCUGGAACGCAAAUAGGGGUUAUCCAAUACAGCACGCGUGUGAGACAGGAAUUCUCCAUGAACAGCUUCCAAAGCAAAGAAGCUUUGUCCAAUGCAAUCGACGAUAUUGCAUACAUGCGAGGCGGUACACUGACUGGAAGGGCUAUCAGGUAUGUGAGCAGGUACGGCUUUGCAAGAUCGGAUGGAGCUCGUCCGGGAGUAGCAAAAGUGCUUAUUGUCGUCACAGAUGGCAUUUCGUAUGACGGAGUGGCAACACCAGCAUAUAAAGCAAGACAGAAGGGAAUCCUUGUCUACGCUAUUGGUGUGUCAGGCUACGACCUGACGCAGCUCGAGCAGAUCGCCAGCAAUAACAGGACCUUGGCUGUGGUGGACAACUUCAACCUGCUGGAUAGUCUGAGGAACACACUUUUGACUGGAGUUUGUGAUGCCGUGCCACCAGUCUUUGUGUGUGUAACAUUGACUACCCAGUUCUCCAUACAACUGAGAAACCCUGACUCGAGCGAAUUCUCCAGCAUCACGAGUGCUCUCAUUGCAGAGGUAUCCCAACUAUUUACCUCCAUCGUGGGAUUCCAAGGAGCAACUGUGGUUGGUUACCAACCUGCCCCUGACAAUCAAGUAAAAGUAUCAAUUGCUGUCUUUGUUGCUGAGUUUGCUGCUACUACCAUGAAGCAAACAUUUGUUGUUGCUGUAAGCACUGGCAACUUGGGAUCUAUAUCGGUGAAUGCAAGCUCCGCCGUCAUUGUUCAACAAGAAACGAAUUCAACCAUAGUAAGUCUGGUAGUGCAAAGGAAUUGCAGUGCAGAUCUACUCAACCCGGAGUCAGCGAUGUACAUUGCCCUGGUCGCUCAAAUUGAAUCUGCGGUGCUGUCUAUUCUUCAAAACAUCCCAGGGGUCGUCUCCAUUGAAGUGAGCGGCAUCAGUUGCUCUGGGCUUUACAUCAGAGUAACCAUUACUGUAGUGGUGGUGUCCACGUCCUCUAGUUCACUAGUGACGACAGUCUCUACAGCGGUAUCAUCAGGGAAUGUGGGAGGCCUGACUGUCGAUCCGACUUCAUUCAUUUCAGGAGACGAAGCUUUAGUGUGUCGAACACCUCUGGACAUCAUUUUGCUGUUGGAUGGAUCAGGAAGCGUAGGGGCCUACAACUUUGAGAAAGUGAAACAGUUUUCUCAAAAGCUCGUCGAGACCUUUGACAUCGGUCCAUCUGGAACGCAAAUAGGGGUUAUCCAAUACAGCACGCGUGUGAGACAGGAAUUCUCCAUGAACAGCUUCCAAAGCAAAGAAGCUUUGUCCAAUGCAAUCGACGAUAUUGCAUACAUGCGAGGCGGUACACGGACUGGAAGGGCUAUCAGGUAUGUGAGCAGGUACGGCUUUGCAAGAUCGGAUGGAGCUCGUCCGGGAGUAGCAAAAGUGCUUAUUGUCGUCACAGAUGGCAUUUCGUAUGACGGAGUGGCAACACCAGCAUAUAAAGCAAGACAGAAGGGAAUCCUUGUCUACGCUAUUGGUGUGUCAGGCUACGACCUGACGCAGCUCGAGCAGAUCGCCAGCAAUAACAGGACCUUGGCUGUGGUGGACAACUUCAACCUGCUGGAUAGUCUGAGGAACACACUUUUGACUGGAGUUUGUGAUGCCGUGCCACCAGUCUUUGUGUGUGUAACAUUGACUACCCAGUUCUCCAUACAACUGAGAAACCCUGACUCGAGCGAAUUCUCCAGCAUCACCAGUGCUCUCAUUGCAGAGGUAUCCCAACUAUUUACCUCCAUCGUGGGAUUCCAAGGAGCAACUGUGGUUGGUUACCAACCUGCCCCUGACAAUCAAGUAAAAGUAUCAAUUGCUGUCUUUGUUGCUGAGUUUGCUGCUACUACCAUGAAGCAAACAUUUGUUGUUGCUGUAAGCACUGGCAACUUGGGAUCUAUAUCGGUGAAUGCAAGCUCCGCCGUCAUUGUUCAACAAGAAACGAAUUCAACCAUAGUAAGUCUGGUAGUUCAAAGGAAUUGCAGUGCAGAUCUACUCAACCCGGAGUCAGCGAUGUACAUUGCCCUGGUCGCUCAAAUUGAAUCUGCGGUGCUGUCUAUUCUUCAAAACAUCCCAGGGGUCGUCUCCAUUGAAGUGAGCGGCAUCAGUUGCUCUGGGCUUUACAUCAGAGUAACCAUUACUGUAGUGGUGGUGUCCACGUCCUCUAGUUCACUAGUGACGACAGUCUCUACAGCUGUAUCAUCAGGGAAUGUGGGAGGCCUGACUGUCGAUCCGACUUCAUUCAUUUCAGGAGACGAAGCUUUAGUGUGUCGAACACCUCUGGACAUCAUUUUGCUGUUGGAUGGAUCAGGAAGCGUAGGGGCCUACAACUUUGAGAAAGUGAAACAGUUUUCUCAAAAGCUCGUCGAGACCUUUGACAUCGGUCCAUCUGCAACGCAAAUAGGGGUUAUCCAAUACAGCACGCGUGUGAGACAGGAAUUCUCCAUGAACAGCUUCCAAAGCAAAGAAGCUUUGUCCAAUGCAAUCGACGAUAUUCCAUACAUGCGAGGCGGUACACUGACUGGAAGGGCUAUCAGGUAUGUGAGCAGGUACGGCUUUGCAAGAUCGGAUGGAGCUCGUCCGGGAGUAGCAAAAGUGCUUAUUGUCGUCACAGAUGGCAUUUCGUAUGACGGAGUGGCAACACCAGCAUAUAAAGCAAGACAGAAGGGAAUCCUUGUCUACGCUAUUGGUGUGUCAGGCUACGACCUGACGCAGCUCGAGCAGAUCGCCAGCAAUAACAGGACCUUGGCUGUGGUGGACAACUUCAACCUGCUGGAUAGUCUGAGGAACACACUUUUGACUGGAGUUUGUGAUGCCGUGCCACCAGUCUUUGUGUGUGUAACAUUGACUACCCAGUUCUCCAUACAACUGAGAAACCCUGACUCGAGCGAAUUCUCCAGCAUCACCAGUGCUCUCAUUGCAGAGGUAUCCCAACUAUUUACCUCCAUCGUGGGAUUCCAAGGAGCAACUGUGGUUGGUUACCAACCUGCCCCUGACAAUCAAGUAAAAGUAUCAAUUGCUGUCUUUGUUGCUGAGUUUGCUGCUACUACCAUGAAGCAAACAUUUGUUGUUGCUGUAAGCACUGGCAACUUGGGAUCUAUAUCGGUGAAUGCAAGCUCCGCCGUCAUUGUUCAACAAGAAACGAAUUCAACCAUAGUAAGUCUGGUAGUUCAAAGGAAUUGCAGUGCAGAUCUACUCAACCCGGAGUCAGCGAUGUACAUUGCCCUGGUCGCUCAAAUUGAAUCUGCGGUGCUGUCUAUUCUUCAAAACAUCCCAGGGGUCGUCUCCAUUGAAGUGAGCGGCAUCAGUUGCUCUGGGCUUUACAUCAGAGUAACCAUUACUGUAGUGGUGGUGUCCACGUCCUCUAGUUCACUAGUGACGACAGUCUCUACAGCUGUGUCAUCAGGGAAUGUGGGAGGCCUGACUGUCGAUCCAACUUCAUUCAUUUCAGGAGACGAAGCUUUAGUGUGUCGAACACCUCUGGACAUCAUUUUGCUGUUGGAUGGAUCAGGAAGCGUAGGGGCCUACAACUUUGAGAAAGUGAAACAGUUUUCUCAAAAGCUCGUCGAGACCUUUGACAUCGGUCCAUCUGCAACGCAAAUAGGGGUUAUCCAAUACAGCACGCGUGUGAGACAGGAAUUCUCCAUGAACAGCUUCCAAAGCAAAGAAGCUUUGUCCAAUGCAAUCGACGAUAUUGCAUACAUGCGAGGCGGUACACUGACUGGAAGGGCUAUCAGGUAUGUGAGCAGGUACGGCUUUGCAAGAUCGGAUGGAGCUCGUCCGGGAGUAGCAAAAGUGCUUAUUGUCGUCACAGAUGGCAUUUCGUAUGACGGAGUGGCAACACCAGCAUAUAAAGCAAGACAGAAGGGAAUCCUUGUCUACGCUAUUGGUGUGUCAGGCUACGACCUGACGCAGCUCGAGCAGAUCGCCAGCAAUAACAGGACCUUGGCUGUGGUGGACAACUUCAACCUGCUGGAUAGUCUGAGGAACACACUUUUGACUGGAGUUUGUGAUGCCGUGCCACCAGUCUUUGUGUGUGUAACAUUGACUACCCAGUUCUCCAUACAACUGAGAAACCCUGACUCGAGCGAAUUCUCCAGCAUCACCAGUGCUCUCAUUGCAGAGGUAUCCCAACUAUUUACCUCCAUCGUGGGAUUCCAAGGAGCAACUGUGGUUGGUUACCAACCUGCCCCUGACAAUCAAGUAAAAGUAUCAAUUGCUGUCUUUGUUGCUGAGUUUGCUGCUACUACCAUGAAGCAAACAUUUGUUGUUGCUGUAAGCACUGGCAACUUGGGAUCUAUAUCGGUGAAUGCAAGCUCCGCCGUCAUUGUUCAACAAGAAACGAAUUCAACCAUAGUAAGUCUGGUAGUUCAAAGGAAUUGCAGUGCAGAUCUACUCAACCCGGAGUCAGCGAUGUACAUUGCCCUGGUCGCUCAAAUUGAAUCUGCGGUGCUGUCUAUUCUUCAAAACAUCCCAGGGGUCGUCUCCAUUGAAGUGAGCGGCAUCAGUUGCUCUGGGCUUUACAUCAGAGUAACCAUUACUGUAGUGGUGGUGUCCACGUCCUCUAGUUCACUAGUGACGACAGUCUCUACAGCGGUAUCAUCAGGGAAUGUGGGAGGCCUGACUGUCGAUCCGACUUCAUUCAUUUCAGGAGACGAAGCUUUAGUGUGUCGAACACCUCUGGACAUCAUUUUGCUGUUGGAUGGAUCAGGAAGCGUAGGGGCCUACAACUUUGAGAAAGUGAAACAGUUUUCUCAAAAGCUCGUCGAGACCUUUGACAUCGGUCCAUCUGGAACGCAAAUAGGGGUUAUCCAAUACAGCACGCGUGUGAGACAGGAAUUCUCCAUGAACAGCUUCCAAAGCAAAGAAGCUUUGUCCAAUGCAAUCGACGAUAUUGCAUACAUGCGAGGCGGUACACUGACUGGAAGGGCUAUCAGGUAUGUGAGCAGGUACGGCUUUGCAAGAUCGGAUGGAGCUCGUCCGGGAGUAGCAAAAGUGCUUAUUGUCGUCACAGAUGGCAUUUCGUAUGACGGAGUGGCAACACCAGCAUAUAAAGCAAGACAGAAGGGAAUCCUUGUCUACGCUAUUGGUGUGUCAGGCUACGACCUGACGCAGCUCGAGCAGAUCGCCAGCAAUAACAGGACCUUGGCUGUGGUGGACAACUUCAACCUGCUGGAUAGUCUGAGGAACACACUUUUGACUGGAGUUUGUGAUGCCGUGCCACCAGUCUUUGUGUGUGUAACAUUGACUACCCAGUUCUCCAUACAACUGAGAAACCCUGACUCGAGCGAAUUCUCCAGCAUCACCAGUGCUCUCAUUGCAGAGGUAUCCCAACUAUUUACCUCCAUCGUGGGAUUCCAAGGAGCAACUGUGGUUGGUUACCAACCUGCCCCUGACAAUCAAGUAAAAGUAUCAAUUGCUGUCUUUGUUGCUGAGUUUGCUGCUACUACCAUUAAGCAAACAUUUGUUGUUGCUGUAAGCACUGGCAACUUGGGAUCUAUAUCGGUGAAUGCAAGCUCCGCCGUCAUUGUUCAACAAGAAACGAAUUCAACCAUAGUAAGUCUGGUAGUUCAAAGGAAUUGCAGUGCAGAUCUACUCAACCCGGAGUCAGCGAUGUACAUUGCCCUGGUCGCUCAAAUUGAAUCUGCGGUGCUGUCUAUUCUUCAAAACAUCCCAGGGGUCGUCUCCAUUGAAGUGAGCGGCAUCAGUUGCUCUGGGCUUUACAUCAGAGUAACCAUUACUGUAGUGGUGGUGUCCACGUCCUCUAGUUCACUAGUGACGACAGUCUCUACAGCGGUAUCAUCAGGGAAUGUGGGAGGCCUGACUGUCGAUCCGACUUCAUUCAUUUCAGGAGACGAAGCUUUAGUGUGUCGAACACCUCUGGACAUCAUUUUGCUGUUGGAUGGAUCAGGAAGCGUAGGGGCCUACAACUUUGAGAAAGUGAAACAGUUUUCUCAAAAGCUCGUCGAGACCUUUGACAUCGGUCCAUCUGGAACGCAAAUAGGGGUUAUCCAAUACAGCACGCGUGUGAGACAGGAAUUCUCCAUGAACAGCUUCCAAAGCAAAGAAGCUUUGUCCAAUGCAAUCGACGAUAUUGCAUACAUGCGAGGCGGUACACGGACUGGAAGGGCUAUCAGGUAUGUGAGCAGGUACGGCUUUGCAAGAUCGGAUGGAGCUCGUCCGGGAGUAGCAAAAGUGCUUAUUGUCGUCACAGAUGGCAUUUCGUAUGACGGAGUGGCAACACCAGCAUAUAAAGCAAGACAGAAGGGAAUCCUUGUCUACGCUAUUGGUGUGUCAGGCUACGACCUGACGCAGCUCGAGCAGAUCGCCAGCAAUAACAGGACCUUGGCUGUGGUGGACAACUUCAACCUGCUGGAUAGUCUGAGGAACACACUUUUGACUGGAGUUUGUGAUGCCGUGCCGCCAGUCUUUGUGUGUGUAACAUUGACUACCCAGUUCUCCAUACAACUGAGAAACCCUGACUCGAGCGAAUUCUCCAGCAUCACCAGUGCUCUCAUUGCAGAGGUAUCCCAACUAUUUACCUCCAUCGUGGGAUUCCAAGGAGCAACUGUGGUUGGUUACCAACCUGCCCCUGACAAUCAAGUAAAAGUAUCAAUUGCUGUCUUUGUUGCUGAGUUUGCUGCUACUACCAUGAAGCAAACAUUUGUUGUUGCUGUAAGCACUGGCAACUUGGGAUCUAUAUCGGUGAAUGCAAGCUCCGCUGUCAUUGUUCGACAAGAAACGAAUUCAACCAUAGUAAGUCUGGUAGUUCAAAGGAAUUGCAGUGCAGAUCUACUCAACCCGGAGUCAGCGAUGUACAUUGCCCUGGUCGCUCAAAUUGAAUCUGCGGUGCUAUCUAUUCUUCAAAACAUCCCAGGGGUCGUCUCCAUUGAAGUGAGCGGCAUCAGUUGCUCGUAA